CAUCCGCCGCCGCCGCUGCCGCUGCCGCGACGAUGAAACGUAGUUUCGAAGAUGCGGGAGGGUGACUGCUGCGUGCUUCCUGGGACGAGAAGAUCGAUAGAAUACAUGCGCGCCUGACCACGUCGCGACGCGCACGAGUUCUCUACGCAAUCCGCGUUGUGUCCGCUCUUGGAUUUGUGCGUUUUUCCGAGGUGCGGUCGUGGGACUCGAGGUGAAAACGCGAAACGUUUGUGACGCUUGGACGCGGAUCAAAUCGUACCGCGUACCAUCGAUGAAACGUCGCGAAACGCACAAGUUUCUACUUCGAGCUCAGUGCUACCGGAACAUCGUCAUCGUCCCGCCACGACAGAAUUAAUACCUACGCGCACACUGACCUAGAAACGCUGAGCUUGACGGAACGUCUACAUCGUUAUUCGUUAUUUCACCCUGAUAGUUAAACAGGUCCGUGAUUGCGAUGCAAGCGGAGAAGAGUGAUACUGAUACUGAGAAAAAUAAGGCUCUCAACGAUGUGACGACUUCAGUUGCGAAUGAAGUAACAAAUUUGAAGAUGGACGAUGGUUCAACGAGUUCGACACCGAGUAGUCCUGGUAGCACUGAACCAGGUAGCUUUUUAGCGAGCUUUAAAGCAUUUUCCAAAUUCGGUGAUCCAAAGAGCGAUGGCAAACUGAUCACGUUAAGUCAAAGUGAUAAAUGGAUGAAGCAAGCGAAAGUGAUUGAUGGAAAGAAAAUUACUACCACCGACACGGGAAUUUACUUCAAGAAGCACAAAUCCACAAAGCUUGGUAGUGAACAGUACAAAAUGUUUCUUGAAGAAUUAGCCAAAAGUAAAAAAGUGGAAUUAGCGGAAAUAAAGAAGAAGAUGGCUAAUUGCGGACCACCUGGAGUUACUGCAGGGACCGCUAGCGGAGCUGGAAAAGCAGCAUCGACAGUUGACAGGCUUACUGACGUCAGCAAAUACACCGGUUCUCACAAGCAACGUUUCGACGAGGCAGGAAAAGGUAAAGGCAUAGCGGGUCGCAAGGAUGUAACAGACGCGUCCGGAUACGUCCAAGGCUACCAAAAUAAAGAUACGUAUAAAAACCAGUAGUACUCAUAUCUGAAUGCUACGAUAAUAAAUAUUAUUAAGGUCAUACUGUUAAAAUCAUGUCUAAACGCAGUAUUCAAAUCGUCGCUGCUCGUUGUUAGCGAUCUGAGUUUCUUUCUGACCGUAUCGUCAGCGAUUUGACAGAUAUCUUGAAUAUCAAUUUUACAAAAUUUAUCAUCUUUGAGAUGUAUUAAGAUAGCAAUAUCAUAAUUAAGAACUUUUGGUAAAAUAUUAGAUACACGAUAUUUUUUUCAUGGCAAUCCUUAUAUAUACGAAACUUUUACUCUUGAUGUUUACAUUGUAUUUUUUGCAUAUAGUUUUUUUGAUAAAAGGCCUGGAAAAAAAACACUUUUCUUAAAAAUUUUAUUUUUCAAUUUAUUCUAUUUAUAUUUUAUAACAUGAUGUUUUAAAUAACUCCGCUUGUUCGCUUUCUUCGAUUUAAUUAUUAUUCAUAAUAUGGAUGGUACAAAUAUUAUUACUUUAUAGGUUUUUAUAUCUUUAUUUACUUUAUUAAUAAGAUCUUUUUAGGAAUAGCAUUUAUGUAUAAGUAAUAACUAAGUACAUUAUAAUCUAUACUUUAAGUCCACGUAAAUACUAUAUAUGGUACUGUGUUACAUAAUCUGUUCAAUCUGUUGUAUAAAUUUAUUAAAAAGGAAUUUUCUUAAGUUUAUAUUAUUAAUUAAACGAAAGAAAUGGAUAUUAUAAAUUUCAUUACAAAAGCAUUACAAGUGGCAACAUGAAAAAAGAAUUAUAUCUUGUAUAAAUUCUGCACAAAAACUUGAACUCGUUAAUUUUUGAGGUAUAAUAACGCACAUAAUUUUUGUAUAUCUAUAUAUAAAACAUAAAUCUCUGUAACUAAA